UCGAGAGCGGUUGUGCAUCGUUCGUUCGCGUACUGUUGCCGUGAGGGCUCGAGUGUUGUGUUGUGUUUCGUGAAGUUCCGUUGCCCUGGCGACUCAGCCAGUACAGAAACAGAAACAGGCAAAGUAAGCCAAGAAAUCGAAUCAAAAACUCAGGUGUAUCUGUGUCGCUACCCCAAACUCAUACAGGCGCCCGUAAUGCGAGUGUUGUCUCCAUCAACAAACGCAGCACUCAGUAGCAGCAGCAGCAGAGGUGGAUUAGACUUGUAUGCGUCCGCUUAGCCACAUACCAGACUCGAUCAGUGAGGAAUAACAAACAGAUAGUACAGGUAUCUCGGGCUGGUUACGCCGUACCUGUGUGCAUAAUUUUGUGUAAGCAAAAUCGACCGUAUGUGUUGUGGGCAAUGGAACGUUGGCAAAUAGGAGCCUAUCUCGGAUCAGACAUUGUGCAAUUAAUAAAACUAACGAAACUGUGCUUUUGAUCUGAAUCAUCAACAAUCUCUUGCAUCGAAUCAGAGGAUACCCACGAACUUCGCUUCCUAUGUUAGUCGAGUAGUGUUUGUGACAGAAAAAUCGAUUCAAAAUUUGUAUAUCCGGACCCACUAGAGGCUGAUGAACGAGAGAAAUAACACUUGAUGACCUACUACUACAGAUGACUAGUUGAAGAGUUCUGUGAAUUGGAAAUAAACGGAUCACGGGAUUAUUGUUUUUACCAAAAGUGACCAACGAGUUCCAGUUUAGUGGGUGGAUCAUUAUCAGUGGUGAGCAAACAGAACUGCCGAUAGUUAACAGUUUAAAAGAAUUACCAUUGAGACUAGCUUAAACAUCUAUGAAGUGCUACUGGCUUAUAACAUUACUCAGUGUUAUUGUAACCAGAAAUCAUAUCAAUAAGUGUUGACACAGAAAAAACAUCACCCAAAAUUCCUAAGCUAGCUCGUGUAGGAAGAUUGACAGAAGCGCAGCCCAAAAGUGAAGCCAUAUGUUGGAUGUGUUGGACGUGUUUAUAGGAUUAACACGCUCAAGAGUUGUUUGUUGUGGUGUGGAUACUUUUUAAGUGUUUCAUUUUGGCAGCAGACUUUGCAGUGUUUUGGACGGGUGAACUUUGUUGGUCCCAGGUCAGUCCGUAGUCAUCGUUGUUCGUGUUCGUCGUCGUCGUAGUAGUCUUAUUAUUUCAGCUUUGAACCCCGUCGAGUGAUGACGGCGGCCAUCACAAUUGACCGGUGAAGAUAACAGAGAAAGACCCAACCGGAGCGACCCAGUCUUCGCUUUCGUCUGAACAAAGAUGUAAUGAGCAGUGUAUAAAGCGAUGACCGAAAGUACCGAUAAUCAUCUUCAAACAUCACAUCUCUUCAUCACAUAGCAGUCUAAGGCCCAGAAACAAAGUGGCAUCCUUCUCUCUAUCUAGCUAGAAAAAAAAAAUCGACCGUCAAAAUCAUCAUCAUCAUCAUCGCCAUGCAACGGCGUCAAAGGCAUCACACAGGCCAGUAUGGGCAAAAAACGAUGGCAACCUUACAAGUACGGCCCAGUUCCAGGGUCAUUAUUGUCACCUUACUGGCGCUGAUGACGUUUAAUUUGGCGCUUGUUAAAGUUGAUGCCGGUGUAAUCGUCAAGAGACAACUCUCAGAUGUGAUAGAAACUACGACAAUCGCAGAUGGUGAAGAGACCACUACUGCGGCGACACUUAUUAGUCAGGAGCAAGCCGGAGCUACUGAGUUUAGUCAGGACGAUCCAUCACCGGUAGUCACCAUCAGUCCUGCGAUCAACUCCUCUGUACCGGACACCGGAGUCGGUUCCACCCGAGCGGAUGCUCCGACAACUGUCGUUGCUCCAACCAAAGGACACGGAUUGCCGACGUCGUUAGACGCUAUCGAUGGGCGAUCUGCUCGCUUGGACAUUUCAGCUGAAGAUGCAACGGAGUUGCCACUUGCUGUGACAUCAACAGCGACGAGUGCUGCUCCUGCUGCUCGCAGAGCAGAUCCAGAACCGUCAGAGUCUGAAACCACGACAGUCCCCACCAUAGCAGAGGAACCAGUGGCAACCGCAUUCAGCAACAACCUACCAAAGGCAAUCCUCGUUUCGGAGGAUGAUGGCCUGCAGCUGGUCAGCGAUUCGAAAGAUUCGAACGCCAGCGAAGCAGGCAACUUCCGGUUCGAUUUAAGUCGGUACACCUCGCCGUCAAACUUCUCCCAGGGUGGCAUAUCGUUGGGCGAAUCCCGUUCCGCGCGGGAGCAGUUCUUCGCCGAGCGAUCCGAUGAAAUUACGACAGAACUUCCCGCUGGAUUCUGGGAAACCACCACCACGUUGGAAACGCUUGCAUCCGAUGAGAGCGUAACCGAGCUGGUCCGAGUAGAAACCAACGAAAUCAACGCCUCAGGCGUGUUGAACGAUACGAAUCGUACGGUGGAAAGGAAUCAUACCGUACGGUUGAACCACUCGGAGGUCGAAAGCACCGACUACCAGGUGGUGUCCAACGAGAUACGCAAUCAAACAACGCCGAGAGGGAAGAAAGGUAAGUUUUUGGAUCAGUUCGGUGCCACCGAAGACAACGACAUCAACGGGGCAGCAUGGGCUCUGGCAGGAAUGCGUAUUGUCGAGCGGAACUCCAACAAAGGAGGUCAAGCGACUGCGGAAAGUGUGGAAGUGAUUCGAGACGAUGCAGAGAAUGUGGUGGCUAAUAAUACGCUUAAGCAGCUGAUGGAUUGGGCCGUGAUAAUGCAGGAUGCUGAUUUUGCAAAUAAUUCGUUUGUUAGACCGACCAGCGGAGAGGUUGAUUUGAAAACUGAACUCAAGGGUCGACGACGCAAUGGAAGUCAAACUCCGACGGGAAGUGAGCCGUUGAGUGAGGAGAAUCGUAUUACUUCGUUGGUGACGGAAGUGAUGCCAGUUAGUGUUGUUACUACUACGUCGGCUUCCGCUGUAACUCCAGUGGUCGAAGACGAUGGACUGGAAGAUUUUAAAUUUGAAGAACGAGCAAAGAUUUCGGUCGAGACUACAAAACGUCCGGAUCUAACGAAUUUUAUUCAGGAAACGACCACUGUCGUGAACGCUCGAGUGACUCAGAUUGCAACUACAGUCGGACCAACCCGAGGGUAUGAGGUAAGCGAACUGGUCGAUGAAAGCGUGAAAUUCGCUCUUCCAGCUCGUACUACAACAAGCCGAUUUGAAUCCAGCACAAUCUAUGAAGAUUUGCCGGUAACUACGUACUCUCCGGUGUCUCCAAUUCUGAGGAGGACGGAAGCUACCACUGAGUCUUUGAUGCCCACCACAUUCGAAUCAAUGCGUACACGUAGACCAAUCACAACAACCCCACCACCACCACCACCGCCACCAACUACAGUCCGAUUAGCCACCGAAACUAAUCCUCCGGUUACGACUACCACUACGGUUGUGACACCGACUGACGUACCUCUUCUGAAUGAGCUUCCUCACAGGGAAAACGAACCGGAUAACAACUCCCCGGAAGUCGACGUAGAAGCUGUCAAGCAGUUGAACAAUGAACUUUUGUUGACCACUUCAACCGCUGCUCCAACUACGCAAAAUGUCCAGCGUAUUAUGGAGCCCAUUGUACCUCAGGAACCUACCGUCCAACCAACAGCAGUAGAAUUCCGUCCAACGGAAGGUACCACCGAUAGGGUAGAUCUCAUCGGAAGUCAACCAACCGUACCGCCAGAAGUACCCACCAAUCCUAACCAACCAGUUGUCAUCGAUGAAAAGAACGUUUACAAUACGAUCCCUGAAACGACCGACAGCCCCGUUCCCCAGCCAGAACCAUCGUCCUCGCCGGAAUCGGAACCGACCUUGGAACCAAGCACCACCACAAGUCGUACGAACGUUCGUCAAUCGACAAUCACUACCGAACUGUCCGAGGAAGAAUCGAUAACCGAGGAGGACUACGUCGACAUCAGUGGGAAAAACGCAUCCGCUGUCUCUUCCUCCAAGUCACCACUUGAUCAAGAACCAACGGAUCAAUCGCCUCCACAAGCUGAGGAAGAGGAAGGCAGCAGCGGCGUUGUCAUUGCCGUCGUCGCUAGUCUACUCAGUGUGGCACUGUUGCUACUACUGGUUGCAGCGUAUGUACUGCUUCGCAAGCGGCAGGCUCAGGUCUCGUACGGGCAGCGCUGCCGUCCGGUGGGACUGGAUGCGUACAGCUUGGACAACGUGUCCGUGUACAACAGCGUCCGCCGCAAGGGAAAUACGAUGCGUAUGUCCAAGCGUUCGUACGGAAACUCUGCUUUCGAGGAUCCCGGUCUGAAGACGAAUCCGCUGACCGUUGCCGAGCUGGCGAAUAUCAUUCAGAACAAAACCGCCAUGUACGACGAGUUCAAGGAGAUUCCGAACGUGACGGCUCGGGCCGACGAAGUGCCGGAAGGAUGCGAAGAUAAGAAUCGUUACGCUAACGUAGUACCACUGCCGGAAACUAGAGUGCACCUGAAGCGUAUCAACGAUGAUGAGAAGUCGGAGUACAUUAAUGCUAACUUCGUUAAGGGUCCGAAGGAUAACACCAACUACUACAUCGCAUGCCAGGCACCGAUGGAGAACACCAUCAACGACUUCUGGCGCAUGAUCUGGGAACAGAACUCCAAGGUGAUCAUCAUGGCCACCGAUCUGAGCGAGAGCGGAGUGGAGAAAUGUGCCGAAUAUCUACCGCCGUCGGUCGUGCUGGACAACAACCGCGAUUUCGGUGACUUCCAACUUACGUUGAAGAACCGCGAGAACAAGGAGAAGUACACCAUUUCGACCGUACAUUUGCGCAACACGCAAACCAACACGUGGCGGGAGAUCAUGCACUUCUGGUACCAGUGGCCGGACACCGGAGUGCCCAUCGACGAGUCCUCGAUAAUCGCAAUGCUGCUGGAAGCACGUAGCUAUUCCCGGCUAGCACCGGCCGAGAUGGCAGAUGCCGUGACCGGUAUAACCAGCAUCGCCGAAGAGGAUGGCACCGAAAGCGACCAUCUGCCGGCUACUCCGAAAGCCAACGGCAGUGCCACGGAUUCUAGUGUAGCUGUAGUCCUAGGUAGCAAUAGUGUAGAUAGUUCGAUCAACAAUAACAACAACAACAACAAGACGUCGACAGCGGACAGUGCGGCACCCAACAGUCUGAUGUCCAACGGGGGAACGAUGGAUAAGCACAAAUCACUGCAGCGAACUCAAGGACCAAUAACGGUACAUUGUUCGCCGGGAACUGGUCGAACCGGAACGAUCAUCGCAUGCGAUGUGGCUCUGCGAGCGGUUGAGAUCCCUCCGAGAACGGUGGACAUACCGCACAUUGUGUACUACGUUCGGAGAGGACGAGCCAGUGCUGUAAGGACGCGCGAACAGUACGAGCUAAUAUACAGGGUUGCUAACGUAUACGCCACUAAGCUAACGGGGCCGACGAUAGAAACAUGAGAACGACUCAUUUAAAAUCAAGUAUUGUGAGUACAUUCGAAACAACACAAAAACGCUUCGCUAGAUACAGGCAGAUAAAACGGAAAAGGCCCCAGAAACAGUAAUGUUUUUGGCGGUCACAAGUGCAAUCAAUUUCUAGCUUCAAGCAAAAUACCAAAACCGUCAAUGCGUAAUGACAGACAACAGACAAACAGACACUAUCAUCAUCACAUAGAGGUACACAGGGAGCUUUAGCGAGCUUUAGAGACAGCGUACGCAGCAAAAGCAGCUUCUCAAGCUUCUUUUUCAAACAAUCCAGAAAACAGUAAUCGAUCCUCAAAAGUCUUUUAGGGUGCACACUUCUGGCCCUUUCUGGCACCAUCAAAACUGCUGUUCACUCUGAGCUUUCUACUACCUACUAACUGGUGGGUGUUUCUAUCUGACGAGCUGGCGGAUCUACUGUAAUGUGUUUUUGAUGAUGAUGAUGAUGAUGAUAAUGAUGAAGAUGAUGAUGGAUUAAAUGAUAGCAGGGCUAAGCAAAAGUGUUGAGCUUUUCAUGAGCUCUUCGUUGCAGGUGAAAAAGCUUUGCUUGCUUUGAUCAAGCGAGCCAACAGAAUGGCUGCGUUCUGCUAGAAUGAAAAGUCAGCUCUAUAGAGAGGUGCGUAACAAAAUUAAAACAUGUUCACUUCGAAUAUAAUCUUGUUCGGAUCUAAUCUGAUCUUGAUUUCCAUUGUGAAUUCUUACUGUAAUGGGUAGGAAUUCUGAUUAGAAUGACUCCGAAAUCGAGCUGUCAACUUUAUCCAGCUUUUCAUAGGUGAGGAUGACGGCAAGAGUAAGGAUUCUGCCAGUAAUAAACCUUUGCACGGUGCCUAACCUCAACUCUGGUUUGAAGUUUUUGUGUGGUUUGUUUUGAUUCCCUUUGUAACCUAAAUUUAUUGCUAGUGGGUAAUUACUAGUAAUUCGUACCACUUGUUUGCGGAAACCGGAAAUAUCCGACUUUUCCGAAGCAGAAAAAGGAUAGCAGUUCUGCACAACAUAUAUUAUUGUCAUUGUUGCAGUUUUUUUGGCUUUCUGGGUCUUGCGAAUAAGUAAUCAAAUCAAACAACACUGUCAAACCUGGGACGAAAAAAACGCACUGACAUCUGCGUGCAAUGCUUUAUUUUGAUAUUUAUGCAGAUAAAAUUACAAAGACCGAAAAAAUAAUGACAAAACCUUGUUCCAUUAAAAAUCGGAUGGAAUUUGUAAUAAUCACUGUAGUUUUCGGCAAUAUUUAUUGUGAUUUUACUGCUAAACAGCGUCUCGCUAAGUCCAACACAAUAUUUUCCUUGGAUAGGACAAACGUUUUAACACACAACGGAACAUCAGCAUGGUGGAAUUGUUCCAUGCUCUGAAGAUAAAUCUCAACUUUUAGUGUAUUAGUGCAAAGCGCAGAAGAGGAAUGCAUUCCAAGUAACGAUUUGAGUUUUGUUACAGCCUUAUGAUGGUAUUUAAAACCAAAAAUGGCCUUGAAGACCCCCAUAAGAAUAAAAUAAAACUCACAUUGUUGCUUGGGAUCUGCACUUACUUUCUCUGGGGUUAUCUCCUUCGAUGCGAAGAGCAUCUAUCUUUUGACUUGUUUGCAAUCCUCUCCUUUCUUACUGGAGCACUACAGAAUGUAUGCAUAGCAUUCUCUUUAACCUUCUGAGCAAAUAGUUUGAUCUUUUCUAGAGUAUGAAGAGUAGAAUUGCUCAGCUUGCAAUAAUGUUCACUAAGUUUUAGAAUGAUUUGCAUGAGAAACAGUGUUGCCUGAACUCGUGUGAUCUAAUUUUCUAACACACCUCGUACUUGUUCUGACGAACAGACUAUACCGAUCACUCGUGAGGCCCACACUCUUAUCCGCGGGUGUAAGUGAGGGUGUAAAAUGAAAACGAAAAGAAGAAGUCGAGCGAAACCUGUAGUUAUUCAUCCCAGUCGGUACGCGAGCUAUUGUCUGUUCACGAGCUGUUGGCUUCGCGAGCGGGCUGUGCUGCAAGACGCUACGAGGCUGUGCGCUCGAGAGUAUGUAGGCAGCACAAUGUAUGCACACAGCGUCAGCGGUUUUUUGUCAUACACAUACGUCAGUGAAGUGAGCGUUGAAUGCGUUGCUGCUCACGGUCCUUCGUGUAACAGUGGGAUUGCUUCUCACUCGAUUUAUAACAUUGAUGAGAAAACAGCAUUAGACAUCGUUAUUAUUAAGUUAGUGAGCGAUUCAACGCGAAUAUGAUUGUCCCCGAUCUUGACUCCCAUUCUGCAUUAACAAAGUUCGUCUCGCUCCAGUAUUUUCAGAUCGUUCAAGGGUCUGUCGUAUUUCUAAUUUUACGUAGACUUAAGUCACACGAAUGCCACACUUGGUUGAACUUGACUCUCACUGCCCUGGAACUCGCAAAAAGAUGUUGAAAAUACCUGGGAUUCGUGCGCGUGGCGCGGCUUUGGUGAUUCUAGGGUAUGUACUAAAUACGCUGAGGGAAUUAGUAGAAACUGCCGAGGAGCCGGCGACUGGCCUAGUAGCUGCAACCAAAAGCCUACCUGCUUCAGAGCAAGCAUAGAAAACCGAAGACAAUCCAGAAGCCAAGGAUUAGCCGUAGCAACUUUCAGCUCAGACGCGAAGAGUUGUUUGAAGGUUAGCCCGUUGCCAAAGGUCACUCCCAGUAUGUACAUCGAUUAAUUAAUGUGUUUGUACUCGGAAGCUGCUACGAACAAACGCUUGGGUCUUUCACCCUACGGGUCGAGGUGUUUUAUCAGUGCAUACAAGUCAAAAUAUGUUGUCGAUGUGUGGACACAAUAUUUCAGGAUAAAUAACAGUCAACCAAUUGAUGAAAUGGCUUUUUUUCUCAGGCUCUCUCGAAGGGUGGCGAAAUAGCAACCUUGUCCGUGUCCCACUUUGCAGCUAAGCUGUCUGUAAUCCAGUCGGUUGUUACGACGGAAUGAAUAGCCAAUUGUUGACUGGUUACUUUGUCCUUUCUGGUUUAAGAUUGGAGCCACGGAGCUAUGGCAUGGUUCUAUGGGAAAAUUCGGUGUUUGGCAACUAGAGCAAAUGGUCCACAUCGUUUACUAUACCAAUUUCUCCCUAGCUCUAUCUAAUGAAAAAUUGAAUUCGGUCGCCAAGUCCGAGUAUGACUAUUUUCAUGCGGAUCGCUCAUCAGAAUAUGGAUGCCUUGAGAUCGCUGUAUGAGUAGAUUCAGUAUUUCUCGAUAGCUGAACAGUCUGUGGGUUCCUUUGUGGCAACCUCUCCUGCUUUGAUAACCAUUCUCGCAGAUCAUUGUUUUCUCAUAAAUACAUAGACUCAUUUCUAUAGUUUUGCCGGUGAUUAGUCCUCAUGGAUUUCCGUAAGGAAUGCCUCUCUUGAGAUUUUUCUUUCCGAGCGGUACCUCGGUAGUUUCUGCCUUCCGUGGAUGGUUGAUUAGAUGGCCGCUUUACCGCCCUUACGACCUUCCUCCGUUACUUUAUCUAUAUCCUGUCUAUGUCCUCUUUAUCUAUCUUCUCUAUGUUAGUCCUCUAAACCACUAGUGGACAGCCUUCCUUACUGGUCUCGCGCUAGGUUUCAAAGCAGCAAUAUUUUCGACGGCUGAUCAUUGUUUUAAUCUGAACGCAUUUGGAACGCAUUCCUAUUACAGUGGUUCAGAUUAAAGAAGUUCACAUUAAAGAAGGUCAUACCAGCGGGGUUUCUCGGUAAUAAACAGACAUCCCGCAUUUGCAUAUAAAAAGCUUGUAUAAUUUUGUUGUCCAAUCUUUAUUUUUUUGGGGUUCGCAAUUGCACGAUAUUUUUCGGAUUAAGGUGAAAUUUGUCGUCAUCGAUUUUGCCAAUUUCAAAAGCAGUUUUUUUGUUUGAAACAAAAAUUCUGUUCAUGAAAAUUUCCCGUUAACUUUGUCCGUCCUCUGAUUGUAAACAACAGGAUGCAGCCAACAGAAUUACGUGUUGCUCUGUUUUUUGUAUUCACGGCGUUAAAACAACACCGUUAAUUAAACAUUGGCGUUAUUAAUCACUCGCGUCACAAGAAUUUGAAAGUUUUAACUGAAAUGUGGGGUGCACAGAAUUAGACACGCUUACGGUAACACCAUCAAUAAAUCCCAUCAUCAAAAAUACGCUACAUCAUCCCCUUCGUUCAGACGAAAGCCCAAAGCUUCCUUCACAAUAGAACCUGAGCUGUCCCGAAAGUUACCGGGACAGCUGCUCUCCCUCUUCAGCAAAACCAAAACCAGAACCGAAAAAAAAUCGAAUGCAAUGGGCUCCGCCAUCGCGUCCGGUGGUUGCGGUUUAAUCUUCCGAAAAAGCCAACAGCCACGGUCGCGUACCGUUGUGGUUGUCGAACCAAUAAACGUGAAGACACCCGCACCAGCCGGACCGGCUGAACUGAAAAUUAACACACAAACAAACAUACACACACACACAUACGACCAAGCCCAAGGACUCAUAAUACUUGAUUUUAAUCUCUAGUGGGAUAGAGACUAAAAUUUGGAAAACAACAAACAAGCGAAACAACGAAUCGCGAAAUGUCGCGGAAGACGGAAAACUAACGAAACAUUUCGUAAAAGAGAAAAAAACCCUCCUUUCUUUUCUUUGAACCAUGUUCUCAUCUAAUGUACAGAAAGGAACAACUAAAAAAAAAUCUAGCCGACAUUCUCCACUAUUGUUCCCGCCCAAAGCACCACCUAUAAUCUAUAAUAUAAUUAAAAAAAAUAGAAGCUACUUUGUAAUAGAAUAGUCUCCACUUCUUCCUUAACUACUGAAAGGAACGAAUCACGAAAUCAAAUUUUGUUUCUUCAUCUAGGUUGGUUAAAGUAAGCUUUAGUUAGUUAGGAUAAAAUAGUAAGAAGACAAAAGUUGCAAUAUUAGAUGUUUACGGAAGAGUUGGAGUUGCUCCCCCUCCAAAAUAAACGAGGGGCGGGGGGGGGCGCAAUAUUAUAAGUGUGACCAGCUCUGAUAAGUGAGUAGUAAAUGACCAGCACAAUGAGCAACGAACUACGCAACACAGUGAAGUGAAUUGUUGUAAAUGCCGAAAAAAAUAGAGGAAAAAAACUAUACGUUAAUGGGAAGGAAGUGUCAUAUCUGGGUUUGUCUGUGGUGCUAGUUGAAUGAUGACUAUUAUAAAUAAUAACUAUAAUUAUUGUUAUGGUUUUUUGUUAACGCUGCAAUGUUACAUAUUAUAUUACUGCUAACUAUAUUUCGUUCGGAUAAUUAUUACGAAAAGUGUACUACAUCUGUAUAUAAAAUUGUGAUAAUUAAUGUUUAGAUAGAGAGAAAGAUUUCCUAUACCAGGCAGAGAUAUUUUUGAAUCCACGCGCGCAAUGCUUUAUUUAUUCUCAGACGUGAAACGCAUCUCAUUAGGUGAAAAACCAAAACUAAACUAACUAGUUGAAAAAAAAGUUAGGCAAAAAAAGAAUCGACUGGACUGAGAAUCUUCUGUUUAGAGCAUAAGAAGAGGUCGAACGGAACCGAAAGAUUUCCAGCUUCUUUGCAUUCCAAAAGCGGGUGUGUAAGAGGCAAACAUGACACACAGUCUACAAGCAAUAUUUAUUAUUAUUAAAAAAAAGAAGCAAACAGCAACAUUAUAACCGACGUGAAUCUUAAGCAAAAUAUAACUUCAAAUCACCACACCACGCCAAGUACAGUAAUCCCGGGUUAGAGCCCCCCUAUUGUAAAGUUUAGAAUAGGGCUUAUUACGAAUGGUCUAGCUCUAGUUUAUAGUUGAAGCCAGAUUCCCUUUCGAAUAGGGGAAAACUUUGUCACAAAGCUUCCGAAGCUUAACAUACAGCCGUCUCAUUCGGUCGGGUGUGAAUGCGUCGAUGCGUGAGUUCAAGUUCAUUGUUAGUCUAACUAAACUACAGAUGCAGAUUUAGCCUACAUACGACGAAGUGCUAAGAAAUAUAGGUAAUCGGAAAGGUAAUCAUUCUGAAGCAAAAAAAAAAAAUCAAACACACACAGGUUUCCUACUCGUAAAAGCAUAAGAAUAAAAAAAUCGCAAUCAAUAAAUUGUUCUAUGA